CUCGGAGCCCCCUUUCCCAUCCCCGCCGCUGCAGCCGGAGCGGGGCUCCGCGGGCCUGGAGCACGGCCGGGUCUAAUAUGCCCGGAGCCGAGGCGCGAUGAAGGAGAAGUCCAAGAAUGCGGCCAAGACCAGGAGGGAGAAGGAAAAUGGCGAGUUUUAUGAGCUGGCCAAGCUGCUCCCGCUGCCGUCGGCCAUCACCUCGCAGCUGGACAAGGCGUCUAUCAUCCGACUCACCACCAGCUACUUGAAGAUGCGGGCCGUCUUCCCCGAAGGUUUAGGAGACGCGUGGGGACAGCCAAGCCGUGCCGGGCCCCUGGACGGUGUCGCCAAGGAGCUGGGAUCACACUUGCUUCAGACUUUGGACGGAUUUGUUUUCGUGGUAGCGUCUGACGGCAAAAUCAUGUAUAUAUCGGAAACAGCUUCUGUGCAUUUAGGCUUGUCCCAGGUGGAGCUCACGGGCAACAGUAUCUACGAGUACAUCCAUCCUUCCGACCACGACGAGAUGACAGCUGUGCUCGCAGCCCACCAGCCCCUCCACCGUCACCUGCUCCAAGAGUACGAGAUAGAGCGGUCAUUCUUUCUGCGAAUGAAGUGUGUCUUGGCGAAAAGAAAUGCGGGCCUGACGUGCAGCGGAUACAAGGUCAUCCACUGCAGUGGCUACCUGAAGAUCAGGCAGUAUAUGCUGGACGUGUCCCUGUACGACUCGUGCUACCAGAUCGUGGGGCUGGUGGCCGUGGGCCAGUCCUUGCCGCCCAGCGCCAUCACUGAGAUCAGGCUGUACAGCAACAUGUUCAUGUUCAGGGCCAGCCUGGACCUGAAGCUCAUCUUCUUGGACUCCAGGGUGACCGAGCUGACUGGGUAUGAGCCGCAGGACCUGAUCGAGAAGACUCUCUACCAUCACGUGCACGGCUGUGACGUGUUCCACCUCCGCUACGCGCACCACCUCCUGCUGGUGAAGGGCCAGGUCACCACCAAGUACUACCGGCUGCUCUCCAAGCUGGGCGGCUGGGUGUGGGUGCAGAGUUACGCCACCGUGGUGCACAACAGCCGCUCGUCCAGGCCGCACUGCAUCGUGAGUGUCAAUUAUGUCCUCACGGAUAUUGAGUACAAGGAACUGCAGCUGUCCCUGGACCAGAUGUCCACGUCCAAGUCCCAGGACUCCUGGAGGACUGCCUUGUCUACCUCACAAGAAACUAGGAAAUUAGCUAAACCCAAAAAUACGAAGAUGAAGACAAAGCUGAGAACAAACCCUUACCCCCCACAGAUGCAGCAAUACAGCUCCUUCCAAAUGGACAAACGGGAAUGCAGCCAGCUGGGGAACUGGAGAGCCAGCCCCCCCGCGAACGCGCCCGCGCCCCCCGAACAGCAGCUCCAUUCAGAAAGCAGCGACCUCCUGUACGCCCCGUCCUACAGCCUGCCCUUCUCCUACCACUACGGACACUUCCCUCUGGACUCCCACGUCUUCAGCAGCAAAAAGCCGAUGCUGCCGGCCAAGUUCGGGCAGCCCCAAGGAUCCCCGUGUGAGGUGGCACGCUUUUUCCUGAGCACACUGCCAGCCAGCGGCGAGUGCCAGUGGCAUUACGCCAACCCCCUAGUGCCUAGCAGCCAGCCUCCAGCUAAAAACCUCUCUGAGCCGCCGGCGAACGCUGCUCGGCCCGGCCUCGUGCCAAACUACGAAGGGGACGGAGACGGGCUGCUGGGUCUGCCCGCACUUGGGAGACAGAAACAAGGAUCAAAUACCUCAAUCAUUUAAAAGUAUUGAUUCCACGCUGAAAUAACCUUUCGGACAUGCGGCAUUAAAUUGAGCGCAUUAUUAGCAUGAAA